AAUGUGCCCCAACCAAGACUGUGGUGGUAGUUAAGUCCAGACUCUGUUAGCUGAAAAGCAGCAAGGAGCAGAAGUGUCUUGUGCUGGACAGGAAAACAGAAUGGGGGAUAAUCAAACCCUGAUUGUUUUUCUGGGAUUUACCAUCUAUCUUAUGGGUUUGUUCCCAGUUACUUACUGCUCAGUCUUUUCUAAUGCCUUCACACCAGUGAAAAGCCAGAUCAUGAUUCACACUGCCAAGAAUGGACAGCAAGAGGGAAACAGUCCAUCAGCAGUCACAGGUUGGGAGGAAAUGGAGGAAACUUUUGUGGCUUCCUCAACAGGGGAAGGAAUGGAGGUGAUCGAUAUGGUGCAGCCUGAGGACUCAGAGACACUGAGCAACGCAGCGGUGAAGGACCUGCUGUUGGAUCUGGCUCUUUCCCUGAAGAUUGGCAGCGUUGUGUUCUUUUUUUUAUGCAUGACGUAGAGCAUGAAAUAAUUCCUGUGAUCAUGGAUGAUAACAAUUUGAGCAUCUACCUGUGUUUCAUGGUCACCUCCUGGACAAUACGGCUUCUCUUCAUCAACCACAUCCCAGGGAACACUGAAGACCAAGGCAGAGACCUUCUGCAUGUAUUGAAAGUGUUUUUCUUUCU